AUGCAUUGUAGCCGAUCAAAUUCAUCCAAAUUUGAUGACAGAGAUAAUAUUCAAAGGAAAAAACCGAGAACUAGGAUUCCUAAACUUAGGCCAUGGUCCGUUAAACCCAAUUAUUUAGAGGAGGAAGAAGGUUCAGAGGAGAAAUCCCGAGUCGAGUCACAGGAGAAGAAGGUUCAGAGGAGAAACACCGAGUCGAGUCACGGGAGGAAGAAGGUUCAGAGGAGAAACCGCGAGUCACCUGUGGUCGAGAGGGGCCUCAAUUUAAGUUUGAUGCAAUGUCCUACAAUUCUGGUGUGUCUACUACUCACGUCACCAUGGCAACCGCGAAGGAUAAGAAAGAUCAACUUUAUAAUCAAACAUGACCAAAAUCUGCAUGUUUAUAGUCUCUUUCUAUUGAACCUGCAAAUAUUGGAAAGCCAGGGUCAGAGGAUGAGAACCUCCAAGUAG